UAUGAGUCAAAGGAGGAAGUUUACAAAAUGGCAGUGGGUGGUUACACUGUGUCUUAGAAGAAUCUACUCAGCAUUUUUUUCUUUUUCUAUUUGGCCUUUCCGUUGGCUUCUGUAAAAGCCUGCUAGUUAAGGUUCUACUGAACUGUGAUGGAAACCUUGAAUCAUGUGAUACAGAAGGGCUUUUGUUCCUUGCAAGAUUAUCGCACUCCAGCUUUACUGAAAUAUAAUUGACAUGUAACAUUUUAUAAGUUUAAGGUAUACAAUGUGAUGAUUCGAUACACAUAUCUAUUUCUUGCAGGAUUCCGAAAAUGUUCUCUAGUAGUUUAUCUCGAGUAGUUAAUAUGUACACAUGGUACAGAAUUCAAAAGGUAUAAGAAAAGAUAUCCUGUAAAAAUUAAGCGUCCCUUCCUCUGCCCUCCAGAAGUUCAUCUUCCGGAAAAAAAAAAACCAACCCUCUUUCCGGUUUCUUAUUCUUCUAAAGAAUAGUCGAGACGAUGAAAUAUCACUUUACAUGUAUCUCACUCGACUUCAACCCAUUGACAUUCCUUGGGCUGUGAUCCUUGGUGGAGUCGUCACUAAUACAAACCUACCUAUCUUCAAGCUGAAGGAGUCCUGUGUACGACGGCGCUACAGCGACUUUGAGUGGCUGAAGAAUGAACUGGAGCGCGACAGUAAGAUCGUGGUGCCCCCGCUGCCCGGGAAGGCGUUGAAGCGGCAGCUCCCCUUCCGAGGCGACGAAGGCAUCUUCGAGGAGUCGUUCAUCGAAGAGAGGAGGCAGGGCCUCGAGCAGUUUAUCAACAAGUAAGCCAGGUCCCCGGGGGUCCCGUCCGGGUC